AUGGAUCAACCCUGUUGUUCACGAACAAUAUCUAGGCCAAAGCGACGGUUGACUUGCGAAUCCUUUCUACACUUUGCCAUUCACAUGUCAAACCCCAGUUUGCGACCUGUGCGUGCAACACCAUUUUCUUCUGGAAUACAAACUGGUUCUUUUAAUUCUGAUGAAAAUGCUACUGUAGACAAUGUGAACUUAAGGAAUGAUAAUCCCAUUUUUGAUGCUGUGGCCGCAGAUGAUAAGCGUUCAGAAGAUAAAGAUACAGCAAGAAAUCUUGAAGACGACGAAUUUAGUAACGAUAAAAAUGUUGGAGAUGAAGACAAUCGAAACACAGAAGAUAAUAACGAAGACGCUGAUGUUAAUGACGUUAACAUUGAAGAAAACAAGUUAUCUGAAAUACAACAACAAAAUAAUCAUGCUAAUGUUGGUCAGCCGAGCAAUUGUGUUGACAAAAAGACUGGUGAUGACAUGGAAGAAGGCGAUGACAACAUUCCAGCAGAAGUAUACGAUGAUAACUUGAGGGAUGUGUGUGAAAUGUUACCAGGAUUAGACACUGACGAAACUGAGCAGGAUGAUGAAGAAAGUGCACAUCUCGAUUUCGACGACUUAUUUGAACACAUUAAUAACCAAUUUGUUAUUGCGCGGAACCAAUUGGACGGAGUUUCUGGAAUUGACAGUGACUUUGAGUCUGAUUACAGCUUUUCUGAUGGACGGCUUGGACGAAGAAGGUUUUUGAGAUGUGUCGUAAGUUAUCUUAUGUUUUUUCUACUUUUAGGUUUAUUAGACUUUAUUGUUUCAAUUAAUUUUAAAAAUUAACGAAAGCGGAGUAAUGUUGGAAAACGUAAAAUUGGACUUAUUAUAAUUUAAAACUCAAACCUAAUUGCAUGGCAUUAUGAUUUUAAGUUUAUUAUUAUUUAGUUUACGUCAAGGAGAACAUUAGCAUCAAUUCGCGAACUGUUCCGCGGCAUAUGGUUGGUUUGCGAUUUUAGCGACAAAAUACGAUUUACUCAAGAAAAAAACAAAGAAAUCCGACUGCCGUUCUGUGUGUCGUGUUCCAAUAUCAACCAGUUGACCACUUUGUUACGACUCAUUCGUCCUGCCAGAUUCAGACUUGGCGGGGAGUUUAAUAUCUCUUAUGAGUCUGGAUUUGUGAUAGAUCUACUGCAAUAUUGUGGUAAUGUGUUUGAAAUCGAAUUGUGGACUUCGAACGAACCGAGGAACGGCCGGAAGUUGUUGUAUGAGCUAGGACCACAGUUGAGAAGAUUGAAGUGCGACUAUGACUACUUGAGGACGACGGCUUUGCCUAAAAUGACACUGGAUGUUUUUGCUGGAGAUUUUAGGACUGCUACAAGUAAAUUUUAUUUAACAAUGUGUCAUUUAUUAUUAAAUUUGUAUAUUUUUCAGUUUUUACAUUUUAAAAAUUUCCUUAGAUUAUGUUUUAGGUACUAUUGAUGUUAUGGAUGUCUUUAAGCACGAAAUUAAAGUUUUGGAUUUGUCGAACACUUACUUCAAUAAAAUCACGUUCGAGUAAGUUUUAAAGUGCAAACAAAUAUCAAUAUAUUAUUCAAAAGUACAUUUUGCACUGAUUUGAAUAUUAACUAUGUUUUACACGUAAUGCACUUUGUUUUUCUGUUUUGCAUACAAUUUAAAGGAUUAAGAAGUUAUACGUGGGUGAUCUUUUGUUUGGUUAUUAUGAUUAGUACUUAUUGACCAACAUGAUCUUUGUUCUACGUUACGACUUACAUCUGCUACAACAUAGCGCUAAAAUAUAUUUAUUUUAAACAUCGUAUCGAAGAGGGCAAAACGAAAUAUCAUAGCACUUAUAAGUCUCAAGAUUAUGUUAAAAUUCUUAAUUUUAGCACGGGUAUCCCAAGUCCAUGCGAUCUCCAGGUACUUAAAGUAAAGUACAGAGCUUGUCACCGAGAUCAAUUCGAACCUUUCCUCCGUAACAUGAACAAUAUCGUGCUGAACAAGUACACGUUGGAGCUGAGUUCCGAUGAAUUCUUACCAGAAUUCCCGGAUUCAGAAGUGUUUCCAAGGAACACGAGCGUUGAGCAGCUGUUGGAUAAUAUAAAGAAGGUACUGGAAGAGUACAAGAAUAUCAUCGGCGACAAGUUGGAUCAUAUCGAAGCGAAUGUCAAAGCUCGGAUCUGUCGUCUUGCUCCUGCUGAGGUGGGUUUAAAUUUUUUUAUAAACAGAUUUCACAAAAGUCGAUAG